GUGAAUGUGCUGCUGUUGCUACACAGAGACCUGGGCAGCUCAGGUGUUCUGUGCUUAAAUCACACUGAUUUUUAACUAACAAGUUCCAGGAAAAGGACCUUCCAUCAGGAGAAUUGAUCGCUGCCGUUUCUUUGCUGUGUUGAAAGGGGUCUUCUCAAAGAAAUAAUGCUCCAUUCAACAUUGGCCUUGUCUCUCCUGCUAAUUGCAGUCUCUUCCAACCUUGCGAUGGCAAUCAAAAAGGACAAACGAGCACCUCAGACACUGUCAAGAGGGUGGGGAGAUGAAAUUACCUGGGUACAAACUUAUGAAGAAGGGCUUUAUCAAGCGAAAAAAAGCAACAAGCCACUGAUGGUAAUUCAUCAUUUGGAAGACUGCCAAUACUGCCAAGCACUGAAGAAAGCUUUUGCAGAAAAUGAAGAGAUACAGGAAAUGGCCCAAAAUAACUUCGUUAUGCUGAAUCUCAUGCAUGAAACCACAGAUAAAAAUCUGUCACCUGAUGGACAAUACGUGCCUCGAAUCAUGUUCGUAGACCCAUCUCUCACUGUAAGAGCUGAUAUCACAGGAAGAUACUCCAACAGGCUCUACACUUAUGAACCACAAGACAUACCAUUCUUAAUAGAGAACAUGAAGAAAGCAUUACGCCUCAUUCAGACAGAACUGUGACCAGCAACAGCGAAAUGACCGUAGCCUCAACGAGGUGAAGCUGCACUAGGAAACCAACAUUUUGAAAUAUUUUAGUUAAUCUCUCUGCCUUUACUAACAUUUUGAACUCUUACCAAGCAGAUUUGGUAUAUAAGAUUUCAGAAGACAUUUAUAUGUACAAUUUGAAGAACAAACAUAGAAAGACUAUCGUGCCCAUUUGGAAAACAAGAGGAGAAAUCUAUUAAACACUUUGAAAUUAGUUAUCUGAGUAACCGAAAGUGAUGGUUCAAGGUGCAGCAACUUUGAGCUGUAUUUCAUCAAUCCAGCUAUGACUUUAAGUCAGCUAUGACUUCUGACCAAGAGUUUUAACCAAUCUUUUUGAUGUGUAUUUGCAAUUUGUUAUACAAGUUUAUAGCUGCAUCUCAGCUCUUAAUUUUUAUUUUUAUUGCAAGAAGCUUGUAAGUCACUAGUGUAACUCUGUUUUAUGCACUUACUUCUCAUUAAAGGAAAAGAAACUUUGCUGGCAAAUCAGACAGGAAGGCUCUUCCUAUAGAUUUUGGAACAGCUUAUAUAGAAAAAAAAUCAGUGAUCUGAGCUUAGCUUUCUUCUGUAUAAUUCUUUAACUAUCAUUCUGGUAGCUGAAAACAGAACAGACAUUUCACGUUGAGCAUGUAGUCUCAAUGAGGUGAUAAUCAUCAAAUAGCAACUACAGGUUUUGCUAUAAUAAAGAUAAAGUGAAGCAAGAGCGAUGGAAGGAGAUAGUCCCACAACUCCACUCCUGAGGCUAAGUGAUGCUUGUAAAAUCUGGUAUGGGAAAAAUGAGCAGGCUUGUCCUAGCUCUUUUCAUUUAAAUAGCACUCGAGUCAUGUGAAGCUCAUCCCAGGUCACUCACUCUUUUUCUGUAGCAUCCCAACCCAGACGUCGUGGUGGCAACUUAGUGAGGGCAUCUGUACCUACAAAGUCUUCACAAAAUUUCCCCAUGAUCACCGUAUGCAAAGGUGGAUGCUUGUUUUGAGUAAAAAUCUGAAAUCAGCUGAAAUAGUUUAUUAUCCCAGCAAUGUGCUUUUUCAUUAGAGCAAGACAGUAAGCAAUUCAUCUGCAGUAAGAGCACGUAUGCUAAGUUAUGUUAUGUGCAAAGCACCAGCGUCAGUUGUUUGUGCUACCUGCCGGUUCCUAUGAUGCCAGCUGUACACACAUGUAAAAGAUGAAGGAAAGAUCUUUGCAAGACAGCUUUGCUAAUUUACAAUACCUAGUAUUAAUUUGUCAUGAAUGAGUUCCAUU